AUGAAGGCGCAGCAGGAUGCCACUCGCCUGCAAGAAAAGGAAAGAAGGGAAAAGCAAAAAGCCAGAGAAAGGGAAAACCAGAGAAAAGCCAGAGAAGCAGAGAGAAAGGAAAGAGAAGCAGAGAAGCAAAGAGAAGAAGAGAGAAAGCAUGAGCUAGCUCUCAGAGGUGAAGAAAUCACGCGGCAAGCUUCCAAGCCCCAGACCAUGAGCUGGACUCCCGAUUCAGAGGCUAGUGCCUCCGAUGUCACCGACAUCAUUUCUAUUCCCAAGCCUGGCCCUGACCCAGUGCCAGAGCUAGAAGUUCCUGCCGCAUCCUGCCCGCCUCUUAUCAUUUCACCGCCUGCCUCCUCCACUUAG